GCUCUGCUGCAGUUAACAGGUCAGUAGGACAAAUUUUGAGCAAUUUCUGCUAGCUAAUAAAGCCAAAUAUGAAACUGCACUGUAACCUUGAAUCCGUUUUUCUCUCUGGCAUCUCCAUAUCUCUGAUUUGUCCAGGAUACAUGUCUUAAAAAGUCACUGAAGAGUAAUACUGAAAUUGAAUGUGAAGACCUUCAUCUUACAUAGAUAUAGUGCUACUAACCCAUAGACUGCUUGGCUCCAGGUCGUAUCUUGAGAGAACCUUUGUGGUGAAUGAUGCAUGUUUGCAGUGUAGUAAUAAUCUGUUGUUGCUGUGUUACCAAUAAACUCCCUUCCCUCACCCCUUUCUCUUACCUGAGACUAUAGGCAACCCCACAGCUCCCUAAACUGGGGAGAGCACUGUAGUAAAGAGAAGUUGUUUUUUUCAUAUGUGAGUGCUGAGACAGUACUGCACUGCAAACUCUGGUUUGAUUGUUCAGAUCUGCCAUGGUAUUUUUUAUGUUGAUUUUGGACCUACAUGACUUAGUUUUGUCCAUGUAGUUAUUACUCCCCCAGUACAUCCCUAGCUCAGUGGCUUCCUGGGUACUGCUCUGAGAUAUAUUAGCUUCUUUGGUUUCUUCCCUCCUUAUUUUCCAUUUUUCUUGUCAUGUGCUGUGCUAAGUCAUAGGAAUAGCUGUCUUCAUGUGCUGAUGCAUGCUCCCUGCUGCUACUGGUCCCUCACAUGCCCUCCACAAGGCAGCAGAGAAUCCAGCCGAGAAUCACCCCAGCUCCACUGCCCUGAAGAGCUGAGUGCCCCACACUAUCCUAUGAGGGCAGCUUGCAUUGGGAUCAUGUUGAUGCAAAUGUGUACUGGACCAGAAGCAUUUCUGGUGGUCUCAGCACUGUCUUCUGCAGCUUCAUCUUGCAGCUCUUUUCACUUCAGAAACUACACUGUGGUAACUGACCCCAGGCUGCUUAAAGGAGAAACUCGCUUGUUUUUCUGGGGCCCUUUACAUCUCAGUCCUGUGUGCUCUGUUUCCAUUUGUAUUGAUAGCCCCAGAACUGCUGAAGGAACUGUUUCUGUUACUGGAACACUGUGCAGCUGUACAUCUGAUAGAUGGUGGUGGUUCGGAGUUAUGUUGGGCUGGAAAUUAUCUCUGCUCACCCUAGGAGGCAGACUUCAUGAACAAGUGUGUGACACAAGCGUAUUAAAAUAAGGGAAGUAGUUCCCUUUGAAGCAAUGUAUAACAAUUAAGCUUUUGGUCAGGGAGUUGUCACUGUGGAUGUGGAGGGGUUUGAGGUGGGGGGUUUUCAAAGCCUCUCAGGAGCAAACUGCGAAUGUCCCUGAUCUAGCAGUUCUGAUUUGGAAUUUUUUUUCCCCACAAACAUGGGGCUUUUUGAAUAGGGUCAAAAGGCAGGUACUGGGAGAAGCACCACAAUCCAUUCUGAUGUACCAAUUUGGAAAUGUCCAUCUCCAUUUCUGCAUGGCCCCUGCCUCCCUGUCUCUUGGCCACAGAAGCUGAUACUGACAGACUGUUAGUCUGUUCUUUGACUGCUUCUCUCUCUCUGUUCUCUCACUAGACCCGUGUACAAGACUGUCUUGAUGGAUUCCUGGCUGUAACACUGCCAUUGCAUCACUGCUGCUGGGCAUGGGAAGAUCUGUUCCUUACACACGCUAGGAUCAGGACAAGGAAGCACUGCAAUGGUUGUUUGCCUUCGCUUCCAGAGCUGCCCUUUGAGCACAGUGCAGCAAUCAGCUGUGGAAGAAGGACAGGGCAGGGAAGCUCAGGGAUGCUGCAGGGGUCUGAGCACAGUUGGGCACAGGUCUUGGCUGGAGGCAGUUUAGCCCCACAUCCACACAGGGCUAGGAAAUGUCUUUAGGUCACUUAGAAAGUUAUUUUGUUGACCUAUUUAUAUAAAAGUUGCAAGUAGAUACUUUUCUAUUCAGCAAAUUACUUGCCCUUUUAAAUGUUAAUGCUUUGGCAGAAAUUCCUUUUCUCCAUGAGUAAUGAGAAAUUACAUAUAUAGCUAUUUUAACUGAAUCUGAUAAUCAGAGCAGUUUUUCAUUGGUUCUUGAGAUUAUCUUUAAAAUCAGGCACAGUAAGCUCUGUUUUAUUAUGCCACUAUUGCUACUGCCUGAUCAUCAAACCACACAGUUUGAACUAUCAAGGGACAGAAGCAGAGUGAAAAGUGACAUUUCUUUUUUGCUGAUACUAUCUGGAAUGGGAGGAGUUGUGUGGCCUUUGGGGCUCCAGCUGUGCAUUGCUGCUGCGCUGCUCUUUGGCGGAGGAAGAGGGAGAGAGCUCUCUGGCAGCCUGAGCUGCCUGAAUAACUACAUGACUACCGUGAGCUGCAUGUGGGUAACGGAGAAGCCCAUGGGCAAUGGACCUUUCCACCUGCAUUUCAGCAACCUCUGGUCAAAGGGCCACAACGCCAGCUGCAAACUGACUGCCACAGAGAGCAUGCAGAAUAAGUACCACUGCACAAUUCAUUUAGCCAGCCAGAUCUUGGAAACAGAUGGUUAUAGAGUCUCUCUCCAGGGAAACUUCUUUGGAUGUAAUCAGACAUACGUGGCCUUUCUAGAGUACAACCCCCGCAAGCACAUAAAACUUGAUCCACCUUUGAACAUCCAGAGCAAUGCCACUGCCAGCAAGUGCCAGAUAUGGUGGAGUGUGUGGAAUGUGCCUUGGUAUCUCUCUGAAAUUCUCCAAUAUGAGUUGCAGUAUAAGGAGUACAGCAUGUCCUGGGAGGUUGCAAUGAACAAGACACUGCCCAGUUCACUGCCACAAGUAGAAAUUGAAGCCACAGAGCUUCGCAGUGGCAUUGCUUAUGCUGCAAGAGUUCGCUGCAAAGUUUCUGAAAAUGAGAAUUCAUACCACAGUCAAUGGAGUGAGUGGAGCCAGACAACAGUGUUUAAAAAAGCAGAUGUCCCCAAAGUCUCUGAAAAGAUUCUAAAUAUCAAAACUAUGCAGUACUUGUUCAUUCCUCUGAGUUUUGGCACUCUACUCUAUUUAUUCUGGAACUGCAAACUUUCCUCAAGGGCAAAAAGCCUCGCCUGCUUUAACAUUCCCACGCCAGCUGCUUUCUUUCAGCCACUCUAUAGUUUGCACAAUGGGAAUUUUAAGGACUGGGUUGGACUGAAUGAGGCUUGUAGCCAGCUUGAAAGAGAAGAGGCCAGCAACUCAAGAAAAGUGAAUGCAGAUAGAGUUUCUGAUCUAAACACCCAAGAACUGAUUUCCCAAAUCUCAUUGAAACCUACAGGAAGCACAGAUGUGGUUACUGCAGAAGAAAACUUUGCAUUUGCCUCAGGUCCAAGCCAGCAGUAUGUCCCCAGCAGGUACAUAAGAGCAGAAGAGAUAGAGAUGUGGCCAGGACUAUUGUUUGCACCAAACCAUGCUGAUGAUACCAUUGGCCCAAAAUUCUCUGAAAUAAUUAAAGACAACCUUGAGAGCCCUAGUGUUGGAAGGAAUUAUCCCUCUCACUCACAGCAUGGAAAAGGUGACUUUCUUAUGCCUGGAGAAUCUUUGGGGAAAAAAGAUAUGUCCUUCAGUGGUAGUGACUAUUGUACUUUGUGUGACAAUGAUACCACAGGAGGUUUGAUUUCUGCUGAACUACUGAAGCUUUCUAAUCGCAAUAGUCAUGUUAAACAUCAGAAAGACCAGUGACCUUCCCUGAAGAAUACUGCCUACAAAGUUCCUUGUGCUCUCCUAUCACCUCCCAAGCGGCACAAAUGGGGACUGUGCAGACAGUUUCAAACAUGUAUAAUUUUAAAACACAUCCUCAAUUUCUGUACUUCAGAAGAAGAUUGUGACUAAGUCCCAUGUCCAGCAAAUACUACCCCUACAGGCAUUCCCUAAAUUAAUCUCCUGGCUGCAAGAUCCAGUAACCCUCUUGUCUAAGAAGGCAGCAGCAGACCUGCUGUUUUCCUCAGGAAGAACAAUUAUAGUUGUGUGCCUCUUGGAACCAGCAGUAUUUUCAAUAUGAUAAACCAUGAUUUAAAUUCCAUCCUUUUGUAAAAAAUAUUCAUGAUUUUUCACAAAAUCGUGAGAAACUAUUUUUGCUUAAGAAAGUAAUUAUGCUUCUUAAUAUGAUAUUGAUGAAUUAAAGGGAUUCCUGAUUUGAUCAGAAUUUGUAAUUGCUCUGUUUAGAGAUAAUCAAACAGUAGCCCUUGUUCUUUAUUAUCUUGAAUGGCUGUUACUUUUUAUUUUGCAAUAACUAAGCCUCAUGUACUGCUUUAACAAAAAUUUAUUUCAAGGUUAAGUGGCUGGGCUGAUUUAAUAGAAAAAAAGUGAAAAAUAAGAACAGCACAAAUGACUUUUACUUAAUCGCAGUACAGGCCAGGCCCACUGCCUCUCCAGAGCUUCUAUUAUUUCUCCAGAAUUCAUGAGUCCUUUGCCUAUCUGCACAACAGGUACAGCCUUUGUGAGCUGAAUCUCUGGAGGUUUACUUUCUGCCCUAGACACAGAAAAUCCUAUACUUGAUUAAUAAUCUACCAAGCAGAUUUUUGGAGUCUUAGUUCCAUCUCUGAGAUUUAAUGGGCUCAACAGUUUUAGCAAACAUACUGAGAUAUGUACAUAUACAUCCAAACUAGCUGACACAUCUAUAUACACAGUCACAUACAUUCCCUCCUCUUUGGAGUGCUUCCCUUGUUACUCUGGUGAGAGCACAGAUUAGUUUAGACAAGGCAAAGAGAGAUUUCAUGUAGAAGAAACAAAGUGGGUCGAGACAUACUUCCCCAAAAGUGUGCUAAACUGUUGUGAGCAGUCUUUAUCUGUAAGAAAAAGAGGAACAGGUAGAGGAGUUAAGAUCUGAUUUGUGUGAUGCCACAGGAGGUGAUAGCAGUGAUUAGUUUUCAGUGUCGUAAGCAAAGGGCAUUUCUGAUACCUGAAAAAUAUCCCAUUUCUAACCCAUUGGUGCUUUCUAACUUACAAAAAUUAUAUUCAAGGGUGCUUCUAUUACUCCGCCACAAUCUAAUGGCAAGAGAAGAACAUGAUGUUGCUGUCAUUAACAGUUACUGUUAUUUCCGCAGGAUGAGAAAAUCAGUAAAACAAUGCCGCAUAACAGGAGGAUGUUGGUGAUCCCAAACUUUUAGACCCUAUAGCGCGGUUUGAUGUAUUGUCCCAAUUUCAAAUCUUCAAAAUCUGAGGGACACUUUUUGAAAUUGUCAGAUCAAUUGUAUCUUAGAUUCAUCAGUUCUUGGCAGACGAGAACCUCGCAGACGAGGUGGGUUCCCCCCUUUCUUAGGAACAUGUCUGCACAGAAAUAUAACCAUUUUCAUAAAAUCUUGUUUUAUUAAUAAGGUAUUCUGUACCGGCUGUAUUAGCAAAAUGAGAAUGGGAACAAUUAUAUUCAGAUAUGAGUAAGGAGAAGCAGGUCAGACUUCUAUGGAAGGGAGAGUGCAUUAAGGGAGUUUUCAUUAAUAAAGAAGCAAAAGAAAACUGAGAUUGAAUGUAGUCAGAAAUUAUUUGAGAGAAAUGAAAAUUCAAAGACUGUGCUGCUUGUGUCCAUCAGGGCAAGAUAGGAAGACUAUAAGAACUGAGUCUGCAGAUGAUGACAGGCUGAUGGUUGAAAGGCUGAAAUGAUAUUCCAGCAUCAGCAGUUCUCCAAGUGAAACCUCCUAAAAACUUUUAGCUGCUUCUGCUUUUAUGGAAUUACUUAAAAAUAUUAGUUGUUGCAACUAAAACCAAAAAGCCUCUUCUUUACAAUUAGGUCUUUGGAAAAAGAAAGCCUCGUUUUUAUGUAGCCACUGAAAUACUACAAAUUUUCUAAAGUCGUCCCCCCCCGCCCUUUUUGUUCCCGUUUCCUUUGUUUUUAAAAUUUUUUGUACUUUUUUUGGUGUGUCAUUUUUGAGACUGGUAUUAGGUUUAAGCUAUGGUUUUUCACAGCUUGUUCCAGAAUCUCUGAACUAUUCUAAGGCUGACUUUUGCCUCUAAGAGUGAUAUGUAUCCUUCCAGUGGAAGAUAGAGAACUACAGCCUAAUAAGGAGACAUACUAUUGGCUAUAGUCAAACCUGUGAAGCCUUUCAUAUCCUGGGACUACUAAGCACAUGCUAUUUGUAUCACCUGCAACCAGAACAAAGUAGACAGCAUUUUCCCCUUUUUCUUCUGUUGAGUUUUGUCAAAAGAAAUUAUUUUGGAAGAUACUUAAA